AAUGGCUGCAAAACUAAAAAAACCCGUAAGCCCCGUAAGGAGCGUUGUUGCGAGGAAAGGUCAAAUUACGAAGGAAACGAAGGAAACAGCAAGAAGCGGAUCCCCUAGAGCAGCAGCUGGCAGAUUAAGGAAACUAGAUAAGUCGAGACUCAAGGGGAAAAAAAUUAAACGUAAAUUACGAUUGAAAGGAUGGCUAGCGACACCGGCUGAUUGGGCGCGUUUCAAUGCCUGGGCGAAAUUCAAUGCUAUACCGAAAAAGCUUCCGCAACCUGAGCCUAUAGUUCGGCCAUCGAAGCCAUUAUCUCAGCUAAAGAAAAGAAUCAAAAUGUUGUCCAAACCGAAGGAAAGAAUCGACCAAAGCAUUCACUGCAAAUUAGACCACGCUAUCUCGAAAGCGGCACUGAAAGCAAUUCCAUCUAAGAGAACGAUUUUGUUGUCUCUACCAAAUAUAAAACUGGUCGAUUUUGGUCGAGUUUAUUAUAAAGUUUCACCAGCAGCAUUAAGCUACCAGCCGUCUCAAAGAAUCAUCGAGCUAAGCCUGCCCCGUGUCAUUCUUCCCGAAGAAUGCAAACCAUCCAGAUUAAUGUUGCAUGAGAAACGAGUGCUGGACGAAGACAGACUGAGGAAGUUGGCUUUAGCGAAGAAAUUGCUCGAUUGUCCUGAACAAUUAACCAAAGAAGAAAUAGAGGAGCUAUUUACGCCUUAUGGCAUAAAACGAACUGCGCUUUCCUAUCAAAUUACGCCUUGGUUAAGUUUUCUGGCUGUACCACCGUACAAGACAAUAAAAGAUAAAAAGGACAAGCAGUCAAAAGCUUUCAAGAAGAUGAUAAUCGAGGAAGUGGAGGAGAGAGGUAGAAGAGCUUUCGCUGAAUACAGGAAAAAGGAAGAGGGCGAGAGAAGAGGAAAAAAGCGUAAGUCCGACGAUACGAGGACAGAGAAAUCUAAAAGCCGUGAGAAUGGAAAAGCUACAGGAGCGGAAGAAGGAGAGGAGAAAGUAUACGAAAGUGAAGAGGAAGAGCAGAAAGCUAAAAGAAGAAAACUCGAGAAACACGCUUGGAGAUUCGCACCGCAUCCAUGCGUAGAUGAUCCCACACGCAUCACGAAAGCAGCUUUGAAUGCUAAAGCAUCCGCACGUAUGGAAGAAUUGGCCAAACCAAAUAUACAUAAAAGUAAGGCUAUCAGAACUGAUGCUUUUACCGUGAAAAAAAGUGCUUUGGCGGCUACAGCUUCUGGAAGAGUUGAAUCUUUGGCGAAACCACCGAGACCUCGAAGUCCUGUUGAAAAAAGACCGCCGCGUGAAAAAGAUAAAUAUGGUAGACCGAUAUUCGAGAUGCCUGUUUACGGCAAAGUUUUACCAAAAACAAAGCCAUACAAAAUGGGCGAAUGUCCAGAGCCGAAGAAGAAGCGGGUUGUUAAAAAGCGGCCGAUUGAUCCGAUUAUUUACGAAUCAACCUAUGAUCCUUGUAUCUAUCCAGACUUGGCAAAAAAGCAGAAAAUGGAAAGGAAACGAGCUGAGAAAUUAUUGGGCAAAAAGCAUCGUAGAAGGACAAAGCGGGGAAAGAAAUUGGAAAGACCUGAAGAAGAAAAGGAAGAAGGAGAAGAGAAAGAAGAAGAACAAGAGGAAAAAGAAGAAGGAGAAACGGACGAGUUAACUGAAGAAACUGAAGAAGGGUAGAAAGUGAAACUAAGAAAUCUAGAUAACGCGAAAAUUAUAUACAAUAAAAUGUACAAUAAAAAUAGAGAAAUAAAAAGUAACAUUAAAGGACAGUAAGAAAGGCACAUUUUUAAAUAGUGCUCGAUCUUCCACGUGUUUUUCGUAUUGUUUUCUAAAACUAAAGGCGUGAUAAGAAUACAGACAAUUGAUGAUUCUUUCGUUUCUUUCUUAUCACUUGCAUGUAGUAGCAGAUAGUUAUGUAACUCUAUGGUAUCGCAAUACACGUAUUUGUAUAAAAAUGAGUUCCAGUAAAUAAGGAAAAAUAGUUUGAAAAUAC